GGCCUGUGGGUUCCAGAGGGAGAGGAUGUGAAGAUCCCAGUCGCCAUCAAGGUUUUGAGGGAGGCCACAUCGCCAAAAGCAAACAAAGAGAUCUUGGACGAGGCUUAUGUGAUGGCCAGCGUGGAACACCCCCACGUGUGUCGUCUGCUCGGCAUCUGCCUGACGUCCACAGUGCAGCUCGUCACCCAGCUGAUGCCCUACGGCUGCUUGCUGGACUAUGUCAAAGAGAACAAGGACAAUAUCGGCUCCCAGUACCUGCUCAACUGGUGUGUGCAGAUAGCCAAGGGUAUGAACUACCUGGAGGAGCGCCACUUAGUGCACCGUGACUUGGCAGCGAGAAACGUCCUGGUGAAGACUCCUCAACAUGUCAAGAUCACUGACUUUGGUCUGGCAAAACUCCUCAAUGCAGAUGAGAAAGAGUACCACGCCGAUGGAGGAAAGGUGCCAAUAAAAUGGAUGGCUCUUGAAUCUAUCCUGAACAGAACGUACACACACCAGAGUGACGUGUGGAGUUAUGGCGUAACAGUUUGGGAGCUGAUGACAUUUGGGACCAAACCGUACGAUGGGAUUCCAGCCAGUGAUAUCGCCGGGGUUCUGGAGAAAGGGGAGCGACUGCCUCAACCACCAAUCUGUACCAUAGACGUCUACAUGAUCAUGGUGAAAUGCUGGAUGAUUGAUGCAGACAGCCGACCUCGUUUCCGAGAACUAAUAGCUGAAUUCACAAAAAUGGCCCGGGAUCCUUCUCGAUAUCUCGUCAUUCAGGGCGAUGACCGCAUGCACCUGCCGAGUCCCACAGACACUAAACUGUACCGCAGCCUGAUCAGUGGGGAGGACAUGGUGGAUGCUGUGGAUGCAGACGAGUACCUGGUGCCGCAACACGGCUUCUUCAGCAGCCAGAGCACCUCCCACACACCACUGCUUCACUCCACGGUAAGCUGCUUUAUGGAUCAGGUGUGUCUAUCCAUCUUUCUCAGGUGACAUUUGUGGUGCUGUGGCUCAGAUUUUU